CCAACUUCAGGACUGAUUGAUCAUGACUUCUAUAAAAGAGCAGGCAGCAAUUAGCAGGCUCUUAAGUUUUUUACAGGAAUGGGACAAUGCUGGCAAAGUCGCCAGGAAUCACAUCCUCAACAAUUUCAUUGAAAACAACCAAGGCAAGACUGCCCCUGAAUUGGAGCAGGAGUUUUCCCAGGGAGCCAGCUUAUUCCUGGUACGCUUGACCACCUCGCUUAGAAUCACCUAUAUGUCUGGCUCAGAUUUAGAAAAGCUUCUAAGGUCCAUUGGUAUCUUCUUAUCAGCCGUAAGCAGUAAUCGGUACCUUAUAGAAUUUCUUGAGGUUGGAGGUGUCCUAACGCUCUUGGAAAUACUUGGGCUGGAGAAGAUCAAAGAGGAUGACAAGAAAGAAUCCAUCAAGCUGCUUCAGACUAUUGCAAACUCUGGCAGGAAGUACAAGGAGCUCAUUUGUGAAAGCUAUGGUGUACGAUCUGUAGCAGAAUUUUUGGCAAAGUCUAAGUCAGAAGAGACACAGGAGGAAGUACAGGUUCUCUUGGAUUCUUUGGUCCAUGGUAAUCCCAAGUACCAGAAUCAAGUGUAUAAAGGUCUAAUAGCUUUGUUGCCCUGUGCAUCCCCCAAAGCUCAGCAGCUGUCCCUGCAGACUCUCAAGGCUGCCCAGUCAAUCAUUGGAGCUGCACACCCCAGCAUUGUGGACUGCGUGCUGAAGGUCCUGAGCACAAUGUACCUGGAAGUCCAGUAUGAAGCCAUCGAGCUGAUCAAGGACCUGGUCUACUAUGACGACGUGCGCCUGAAGCUGCUCAAGGGCCUCGUGGAGCUGCUGAUACCGUCAGUCAAGGAGACCUCCAAACUGCAGCCCAAGAUCCUCACUGAUGCCUCGGUUCUCCAGCUCGCAGCCCAUCUGCCAGUGUUCUUGCAGCAGGCCUCAGCCGCCAAGGCUAUUGGGGUUCUGGCACACAACGACUUGAGCGUCGCGGAGGAGCUGCUGCACCUACGCGUAGUGCACGGCCUGAUGACUGCCAUGGGCAACAUGGACCACAGCAACAGCCAGCGGCUGGCCAGCAUCACGCUAGAGUACUUCGUACGUAUGUUCCCGGUCGUCGAAGAGCACGUGCGCAAAUCCAUGGGGGAAGAACUCUACCAGCUCUUCCUUAGCAAGCCUGAAGACUUGUACACGAAAAUAGACAGCAUUCAGGCGGACAUUUUGGCGGCCAAUAAAGUCAAUGUUACGAAAGAGUUGUACCCCUAUAGCAGAACCUACAGCGACAUGACCUCUGCAUUUGACCCCCACGGAGAGGAUCUGAUGGCCUACCUCACACUCUACCAGAAGAAAGAUGAAGAAUCAAAGGAAUAACAGCCCCCGAGGCAAAGCAGGAAAGCCUGGAGCAGGAGUUUAGGGAUGAGCUCAGGGGAUUCCACUUGGCCUUAGGCGGGAGGUUGGG